AGAAAUCGAGAAGCUUAGAUGUUUCGGGAGCGGUUUGUGCAUAAUAUAAUUAAAUAUAAAGUUGAUUGAAUUUAUUUAAUUAAUAAACAAUACUAUAAAUAAUUCAAGUGACAUAAAAUAUAUUCAUACAUUAAGUGAGUUAAACAUAAUAGAGUAGUGUGCUCAGAAAAGCACCAAGAGUUGGUCCAAUUGGAUUUUUGUUAUAGUUACUUCUACCACAUUCCGCAAAGAAUUAAAAAUGGGUAAACCUCAGUCUGAACGACUGAAUAACGAUGAGUUUCUUAAGUUGAUUCCACAUCUUCAUGCAGAUGAAAUCAUUAAUAUCGAAAUAAAGUUGAGUGGAAUAUGGAAUCCAAUGGUUGCUAUUACAAGCAAAAGUCAAAAACCAAAUUACUUGAUUUGUAAUUUGUGCAAACAAAAUCUAAAUCUUUCUGAAUUUAAGAGACAUUUACAAAGUACUAAUCAUAUAGCUGCACUUCCAACUGUAGAGCAAUUUUUUCAUCCUUAUUAUACGUAUGAUAAGAGUUCAGAGAAACUGGCAAAGGGUAUUGAUGUAUCGGAUGAGGAGUUGAAAGAGGGAAUUGAUAAAGCAGUUGAAGCUAUUAAAAAAAUUGAUAUGAAAAAGUUUGAGAAACAAAAGAGUCUUGCUUUACAGUUAUACGAGGAGGAAUCAAUAAAAUUGAAAAGAAUUAUUACACAGCUUGCGUUAAAAACAGAUGCUAAAACUCCCCCUCAAAUCUUCGUUGACGUAACACUCUCUUUAACUGAGAUGUUGCAAUUAGAGUUUAGUGACCAGAAGGAUGUUUGGAAAAAAAUGUUGAUAACAUCUACACCAGCGCGUUUAAAUGGAAAUUACACUUGUGUUAUAUGUUCCAAAAAUUUAUCUGGAAUUAUAACGGUCAAUGCCCAUUUCAAUGGUUACACACAUAAAGUGGCACAGUUAGCUACUUUGGGAGUACGCCUUCGACAAAAGAACAAUUUAACUAAAAAUUGUAGUUACCAAUAUGAAACUAAGUAUUCUGUGCAAGUUAAUAAAACCGGAAAAGAGUUCUUUAAAAAGGAAGCGUUGGCAAAAAUUAAUGAAAGGAGUAACUUCAAAAAAGAUGAUAAACCCAAAAAUGAAAAUAAUGACGAAAACGAAGGUGGAAAGAAAGAUAGAUUUCUAGAUAGUAAUUCAAAGCUCCCAGCUUCAUUAGCAGAAAAGGCAAAUAUCUUAGCAAGAUUGGCAAAAACUAAUAUGCGAGAUGAUAAGAAUGAAAAACAUCUUAAAAAAAUUGCUGAAGAGGGUUUAAUAGGAGUAGAAUAUGUUGCCAAAUAUUCAAAAUCUGCAAACGCAACACCUAUGUAUGAGUGUUGUCUCUGUGAAGUUGAGUUUAAUGAGGGAUGUAUGCAGUUUCAUCUUAAUGGUUAUAAUCACCGAAUGAAAUACUGUGAGAAGCAUUAUCCGGUUACUUUAAAUAAGUACAAAGAUAAAAUUGGUCAUUUGAAAUAUCAGGAAUUUAUACGUGUAAUGACAGAAGUACUUUCAAAGCUCGCUGUAGCUAUUGAAAAUUAUCAUGGUCGUGCUGUUCCAAUAUCUAUACCUGAAAGGGAAUAUAUUCAAAAUAGGCACGAUAUAGUUGCUCAUUUAUAUAGUUUGCCCCAUGCUUCAGAAAAGAAUGGACCGUCUUUUGAAAGGGUUGUUAAACUAAACGAUAUAGCAACAAUUAAACACGCAAAAGCAAAAAGUGUUCCAGCUAUUGAAAAGAGAGACCUCUUUGGCAGAUUUGCCACUCAACCAACGGGAAAAACAUAUUUAGAUGAACCCUGCUAUGCUCCAAACCGUGAAGAAGUUCGUUUUAAAUCGUCACGGUCACGUGCUGAGAAACGUCGUCGAUCUAGAUCUCCAACAGAUCGUUCUCCUGAAGGUAAAUCUAAGUCAUAUAGAGUUGACCGCAGUCCAAUACGUAGAAAUUUUGACCCGAGAGAUAUUUGGAAAAUUUAUCGUGAAGAGGUCUCGAAAGCUGCUAGCCAAGUAGAAAUUAUUUUUAAUGAGUAUCGAAAUUAUCCAGAAAGUUAUCCUAUGUAUGAUGAGGAAUGGAAUCGCUUUUGGAAACGCCGUAAGGAAGAACUUACAGCUCAAGGAAUCGAUCACAGGGGAUAUAAUUUUCAACCAGAUUGGGUGUUUUUCUUUAAAGAGCGUUUAGAACAGCUUUUUGGAGAGGCUUUACAUAAGUCACAAGUAGAAGUACGAAUGCGGUUAAAUAUACCCCUUGAUGCAGAGGAAGACAGUCAGCCAGAAAUGAUAUCAAAUCAACCAAAACGAUCGUCAGUUUCAAAGGCAUUUAAUCCUCCUGCUAUAAUAGCCUAUCCACAUUUAGGUGUUCAGCAGAAGGAACUUAAAUCUCCACAGAUGGAUACUGAAGAAAUUCCUAUUAAAUCAGUUGAGCCCAUAAUGGAUGACAGGCCAAAUGUUAUCCAUGUAUUGCGUCUUAUGACAGCACUUGAAGAUCAUCUGGGUAGUUUAGGUGGUAAAAUUAUGGAUUUACUAACCAAAGCUCUAAUAUUAGAGAAAAAUUGUCCAAAUGAUGCAGACGAACUUGGAAAAAAAGUUCUAAAUGCAGAUAAUUGUGCACUUUUGGAAACUGCUAUGGAAAAGCUUAAAGGAAUUUUGUUUGCUGGCUUGCUCGAAAAGAACAAAACGCAGAGUUUUAAUAAGGUUAUACAAUAUACUGCAAACCUUCUGGAACAUGCUGAAAACAUGGGUUGGCGUAAAGCUAUGAGUGAGUUUGCCGAUAAACCGGAAAAUAAGGAACUUCGUAAUUUACUUGAAGUUAUGCAGAAUAAAGGCGCUGAUCUAACAUCACAAGGACAGAAGUCUUUAUCCGAUACUUUAAUGGCACUUUUGAGAAAUCAAAAAAAAGAGAAAAACAUUAAUGAAGGUUCGGAUUCAUCUGAGUAUGAUAAUCGUCAACAAGUUGAUACCUUAAAUAUGGGUCGUCCAAAUCAAAAUGUAAAUUCGAAUCGAAACUUUGGUUCAGAUUUAAAUGAUCGUUAUAAGCCAAAUAAUCCUUUGCCUAGCCUGAUGAGUUUAGAUGGUAAUAACAGAAAUUCUAGUUUACAAUCCACAUCAACAAACAUAUAUCAGAAUAAUGAUCAUCUAGCUUUUAAACAACAAGGACCUAGUGGCAGACCUAAUGUUGGAGGUGGAAGUGGUAGGAAUGACUAUAACAAUCCUAAUUUUAACAACUCGUCAAACUUCAUGGGCAACCCCAAUAAUCCAAUGAAUAAAAAUUUAUAUGGAGGCAACAUUAAUCCCAACAACAUGAACAAUAUGAACAACAUGAACAAUAUGAAUAAUAUGAGUAACAUGAUGAACAUGAGCAGUGGUAAUGGAAUGGGCACCAACAAUAGCAGCAAUUCUGGUGGCAGAUUUAAUUCUGGUAGUUUUGGACCACAAAAUAUGGGCAAUAUGCCUAAUAUGGCUAAUAUGGGUGUAGCGAUGAAUAGACCUAAUGAAUUACAGCGUAAUCCGUUUGCUGGUGAUGGGCCAGGAAAUGUUGGAAGUAUUAACUUCUAUAAAACAAUUCCAAACCAAAAUCCAAAUCAACAGUGGCCAUCUAAUAAAUCUAAUUGGUUACAAUAUUCAAAUAACCGGAGUGGCAAAAAUCUAUAAUUAAGUAAAAGUAUUAUCAGUCAAAACUAAUUAACAUUAUAAUAAUGUCCUCAUAAAACUGAAAGUUCAAGAAAAUUAAUAAAAGCUGCCACACGGUAAAAAUGUUUAUUUAUUUUUCU